GAAAUUGAAUGAAAAUAAAAAGGAAAAACGUGAGAGAGGAAUUGAGAAUUGCCGAUGAAAAAUCUUUCUUGUGUAAACAAAAUUAAUUGAACAUUCGUUUAUUGGAUCAUCUGUGAAGUGUACACACAGUCCUUAUUUUUCAUUUCGAGAAGUAACAAGAUAAAAAAAAAUAAUAAAGAGAAAAGAAAAGUGAAAAAUUCUUUGGAGGCAAUUAAGUGACUUUUUUUUUGCAAGAUCCACAAAAAGAAGAAGAAAAAAAUAAAUACAAUCAUAAAUUAAGUGGAAAUGGUUCAAGAACUCCAGCCACAAACAGUACCAGAAGAAUUUUUUAAUCUUACACAACUUGCGGAAGUGACAUUGAUAGCUGGCAAGCUGAGUACAACUGACAUAAAUGAAAUCAGAAACUACAUAAAUAAGUCGGAAAAUUGUCACGAGAGUUGUGAUAGAAAUGAGAUGGAAAACAUUCGAGUAUUGUCGCAUUAUAAUGAGAAGAACAAUAGCUACGAGUCAACAAAAAAGAAAUGGAAAAACAAUUGGGAAAAUUUUAAAGAUCAGGAAACGCUUUACGAGAAUUUAAAUUAUACAAAUCAUAGAAAUAAUAAUCAAAUAUUGAAUGAGAACUCUCCAUCAUCAGUUUCGCCCAAGACUUAUGCAUUUCUUUCUUCUUCCUGCUCAUCUGUUUCAUCUGAUUGCGAUGAUGACUCAACUAAAAGCCUUUUGAGUUAUUCACACAAAGUGUUUGAUAGAAAAAAGCAGCGAUCGUUUAAACAAUCAUCGACGGAGAGUGAAUAUGAAUUUCAUUUUGAGUGUCAACGACCACCUUACAUUUUACAAAAUUUUAAAGACACAUCAUGUGAUAUUGAACCACUUAAGGCGACUGAUCCGACAGACGAGAUUAAGGAUGAAAAAUUUUUGACUGAUGGAAGCUUAAAUGAAAGUCAUGAUUCAAAUUCUGAUAAUAAAUGUGAUGAUCACAUGUGUCCUGAAUGUGGAAAGAAAUAUUCAACAAGUUCAAACUUAGCACGUCAUCGACAGACACACAGAUCAUUGCAAGACAAAAAGGCCCGACGUUGUCAAAUUUGUGGAAAAGUUUAUGUCUCGAUGCCGGCUUUUAGUAUGCAUGUUAGAACGCAUAAUCAGAAUUGUCAGUGCCCACAUUGUGGAAAAUCAUUUUCACGUCCAUGGCUGCUUCAAGGACACAUUCGAACACAUACAGGAGAGAAACCGUUCAAAUGUAAUCAAGAUGGAUGUCAAAAAGCCUUUGCUGAUAAGAGUAACCUAAGAGCACAUGUACAAACGCAUUCUAACACAAAGCCACAUAGCUGCAAUGCCUGUGGAAAGAGAUUUGCAUUAAAAAGUUAUCUUUAUAAGCAUGAAGAGUCAUCAUGUAUGAAAAAUAAGACAGAAGGAAAGGUGAAGCAGAAAAGAAGUGUAAAAGGACGAAAAGAUUCACAAAGUUAUGACAGCAGUAAAAGUUCACAGGAGAAGUCACACGAAAUGAUUCUUAAGAAUCAACAAAGUGCAUUUGUGAAAGAAAAGAUUAAAUCAAUAUUUGAAGACAGAAUCCAGAAUCACAUUGAGAAUGGCGAAAAGAAGACAUUUAUAACAUUGAAACCACGACAGGAACUCGAACUGUCUGGUUGUGGCAAUCCAAUUAUAGAAAAUCGAAUAAGUGUUAUUCGGUCCGUCUCAUCAUUUUUAAUAGAGCAACAAUGUGACCAAAAUUUAUGUACUCCUGUAUCAUUUCAGUAUGUAAGUGAGCAAGCAGCCAACAUAUGAACAUGAAUAAUUUUUUUUACAUAUUUUUUUCUUGCAUUAUAAUCAAGUAGCAUCAUUUUUCAUUUUAUGAAACAUGUGACGAG